AAGAAUUGUUAUCAGCAAACGGCCUUUCAAGUUUCGGAAUAUCAGCAUACAAAUUCAGUUACCCCCUGUUAGUUGUCUUUUACUUUUAAUAGUAAACGUUUAAUUUAUUUUGAAUUGGCGUGGAUGAUUUUUUAUUUAUCAUUUUAUUCAGUUUAUGAAAUUAAACUAGAUUUUAGCACUACAGGAUAUUUGUUUGUUUAUAUUUUUUAAAAUGAACGAUUUAAAUGCUGAAGUAAUAAAAUUUGAUGGAAAUGAUGAUGAUUGUACUUUUCACAUUCAUAGCAAUGAAACAAAAAUCAUUUCAAGUCAAGGUUUGCAUGAAAAAGGCAGCUCAAGGAUGAAACUAAAAAAUUUUGUUGACUUUUGUUGGGAAGAACGAUUUUAUAAAGGACAUUUAAUUGCUAUUCAUAUUAGUGGAAAUUAUAUUGCAUAUGGCUUCACCAAACCUGAUUCAAAAAUGGGAUUGGUACGUGUUGUUAAAACAGCAACAAAUGAAAGAUCUUUAAUUAAAGGAUUUUCCGGAUUUAUUGAAGAUAUUAGUUUUGCACACCUUUAUGAAAUUUUAAUGCUGGCAUGUAUUGAUCAAACGGGCACUGUAAAUGUUUAUUUAAUAAAAGACGAUUUUUCUUCUCAAAAUUUAAGAGUCAUUCCUAUAAUUCAAAUUAAAGGAGAUCCAUCUUAUUGUUUUCGUGAUAAACAUCUUGUAUCUUGGUGUCAAUUUGUACCCGAAGAAGGAAAUAGCAAGGAACUUGAAUACGAGCCAUCUUAUACAGGAAAAAUUUUAUCUGUUAUUCGUGGUUCUGAGGUUGAAAUUUGGCAUAUUGGUAUUGCAAGUAGUUAUACAGCUGGUCCAAUUUAUGCAGAUUUUGAUUUAAACAAAUCAUUUGACAAAGUUCUAUUAACAAACCUUGAAUCGACUAGAAUAAGAAUUGAUUUAAAAGACUUUGAUAUAGUAGAUGUAUCUUUUUCUCCUGAUGGAUCAACUAUAGCAUUAGCUUUGAGCAAUGGAAGUAUUUAUUUUUAUCAGAUAUCAUUUGAUGCAGUUGAUGAUUACCCAAAAUGUGUUUUUAACUGGCAUCCUCAAGAAAUUUUUUUAUCUUUAAGAUCAAUGUUGUUUUUGGAUAAUCGAAAAGAAAUUCAAGGAUCAAUAGAACUUUGGAAAUAUGUUGUCACAUUGUCUACUAAAAAUGAGCUGUUUGUAUGGUCAUGUGAAUCGUGGAAUUGUCUUCAAAAAUUGUCAUUUAUUCAGCCAUUUGAUUCUGUUAAUCCAAUGAAACUAGACAUAGAUGGAACUGGAAGAUAUUUAUUUUUAAGUGAUAUCAAGAAUAAUUUGUUAUAUGUUAUGGAAGUAGCUUUAGAUCAACAAAGUUCUGAUAAAUAUAUGAAAAUUGUUAAUGUCUCUGAAAUUUUAUUACAAAGUCCAAUAUUAAAUAUGAUUGUUGUUGAUACAAAGGUUACUGAUAACAAUGAUGGUUUUCUUGAUCAACUUAACUCAGGUGAAAUAAACCUCCAGUCUAAAAAUACAGUUAUAAACUUAUUUGCUAUACAACCCAAAUCAAUACAAGAAUGUCAAAUUAUUAUUACAUGUCCAGAAGAAAAUAAUAUAGAAAAAUCUGAAGAAUUUACAAAGUUGACACAAAUAUCCUCUGUAUUUCCACAACCUCCAAUUAUAAAAAUUCAACAAGAAUCAAUACAACUUACAAAAGAUGAUAUUCUGGAACAAAAUUCAUUUGACCAAAACGAUGAAUUAAAUACCUGUAGUCAACAGCAAUAUAGUGCCAUGGAUAUACACAAUUUAGUAAAAGAAAAACUAAGGCUAAAGGGGAUAGAGCUAAAUCCAAAAAAUGUUUCCAACAACACACAACGCCCAAGCCGGAAAAAAAUUUGUGUAAAACAAAUCACAAAUAUUCCUUCACCCAUUCAAAUUUCCAAAAGUAGAGAAAGUAGCCCAAGUAUUGAUGAACUUCAAAAAAUUUUGAAAGAUCAGCCUACUUCUGAAAACUCCAAUGAGAAAGAUUGGUGGAGUAGCAAUAAUUAUGAACCAAAUCAAACUAUGGAUUCUAUUGAAAAAGAAGAAACUAAUUGUUACACUGCAGAACCAAUUAUAAAUGGCAAAAAUAUAUUAUCACCUAUAAAAAAAAUUGAAAAUACUAGUGUAGAUAUAAACAACGGAAUAGCUAAUCAAAUUGAUGAAAUAUAUAAUUGCCUUCAAGAAAUGAAUAGUCAGUUAAAACAAUUAACAAAAAAACAAAAUAAAAUUGACAGCCAAAUGAGUUCUUGUAUGAUGACUCAAUCUAUAAAAAAAUCUUUAGUAGUUGAUAUUUGUCGAUCUAUGGAACAUAAUUUAAUGGGAAUGAUUAAAUCUUCUAUAGAUUUAUCACAUAAAAAAAUUGAGUCACUUAUAGAUCUUCAGUUCAAAAUGACAUUAAAAAAAAUUUCAGAAAUUGUAUCAAAUUCAAAUAAGAUUGAUACAGAUUUGUUUACAAGAUCCUUAGUAUCUUCAUUGAGUCCAACAUUAGACAUUGUUUUAAAAGAUCUUUUUAUGACUACAGUUAUUCCUAAAUUUGAACAAGCAUGUUGUUCUAUGUUUAAACAAAUUGAUGUUUCUUUCACGGAAAGAUCACUAGAAUACCAAAACGAGUUGAAAAUAUUAUUAAAUGAUGAUGCUAAUGUUAACAAUAAGUUAGAAUUUGCUUUUGAUAAAUUUAAGAAUGAUAUGAAUACUAUUAUCAAGCAAACAGAAAAAACAAUUCUAAAUGCUCAAAUUGACAUGCAAAAGCAGUUAUCUCGUUUAGUAUCUAAAAAGAGUUCAUCUCAAUUAGAAUCUUAUGUCAAUGAUGCUGAGAGUAUUAGUAGACUUUAUAUGAUGAUAUCAGAUUUACUACAAAAUGGUGAUAUUGUUUUAGCAUUUGAAAAAGCAUUAUCUGCAUCAAAUUUAGAUUUAGUACUAUAUGUAUGUGAAAAUGUCUCAGUUCCACCAGAAGAACUAUUUCAAGCUGUAUCAAUGAAAACACCUAUUGUAUUAUCAUUGAUUCAACAACUAUCCUUUGAUUUGACAAAUAACACAGAAUUAAAACACAAGUAUUUAGAAGCUGCUGUUGGUAGUUUAGAUUACACCACUGACCCUCACAAAGAACAUAUUAAAUUAGUUCUUAGUAAAAUGGAAAACAACAUGGAAAAAUUCUUGCAAAUUAAUCCAUUUAACCCUUACUGUCGUAAAAUAAAAAUGCUGCAAUUAGCUGUAAAAACUAUGAUAAGCUAUAAAAUAUAAGCUCGAUUUUUUUUUUUAUCAAAUGACUUUAUUUUAAUAAAUAAAUUAUAUUUACUCAAUCAUAAAUCUAUUCAAAAUAAAAAUGAUUUUUUUCAAAGUAGAAGAUUUUUAUUGUCAAAGUUACUAUCAUAUUUUAUCAUUUAUUAUUUUAUACGUAUCUUGUUGAAUGACUAAUCAUCCAUUUAAGUGUUUUUCAUAAGCUUAAGUUGUUUAGUAAUUUUGUUUUAAUUAAACUGUAAACUUUGUUAAGUAUGGUAAAUACUAGGAAAAUAAUUCUCAUAAUUAUGAUCACUUUUGAUAUUUUAUCAUAACAAUUAAGACUUUCAAUUAAAUUUAUUUUAAUAAAUUAUUAAUUAUCUUAAGUUAUGAAAAAUUAUAUAUGUAUGUAAA